ACAUCGACAAUGGAUUACAUUUCAAGUGAAGAAUAUAUCGGGUUAGCAACUACGAAGACCUUACACCGUUUGCAAUUGCACACUUUGCCAAAGGCGGCCGAUAAUGCAUACGCCAACACCCCAAGUUUAUCCGAAACAAAGAUUGCCAAAUUGGAGCUUCCAAUUGAAGAGCCACCGGUGCCAAAGUUGACGAUGGCUGACUUGACAUUGUCCAAGGAAGAGGCCAAUGUAGACACUGUUUCUGCAAUGCUUGAAAAGUACGGUGUUUGUGUUGUCAAACAGUUCUUGGAACCUGAACAAGUUGCGAGGGUCUGCAACGAUUUGGAUCCAAUCUUUGAGGCCAAGAAGGACGAUCCUCGUCUUUUCCCAAAGGAAACUAUCAGGGUUACUGGUGCUGUAUCCAAAUCACCAGCUGUGGUCAACGAGAUCUUGUCUCAUCCCUUGAACGUUCAGGUGAGCGAGAAGUUCCUUGCUAAGAAGAACGCAUUUUGGAUCGCUGAUAAUAUCAACAUUGGCUACUCUCCAUCAAUCAUUUCCAGCUCUAUCGGGUUCAGGGUCGGGCCAGGGGCACCAGCGCAGGGAAUUCAUCGUGAUGACCACUCUGAACAUAACGUUCAAGAGAAGGUUGACAAGUAUGUGUAUGGUAGAGAGACCCAGGUUGGUAUCUCUGUCGCCUUGAGCAGGGUUACAAAGGAAAACGGUGGUACUAGGUUCAUCCCUGGUUCUCAUCUGUGGGAUCACCUGAGAAAACCUCGCUUUGAAGAGGACUGUAUGUAUAUUGAUGGGUUGGAACCUGGUGAUGGGUUUUUCAUGUUGGCUUCUAUCUUCCAUGGCGCAGGUGCAAAUGUCACCAAGGAUGAGUUCCGUACCUUGUUGAUCUUGUUCAUGUCUUCUGCCACUUCUAGACAAAAGGAGAAUAUCUAUUUGACUACACCAAUUGACUACUGGAAGCAGUUUAGCAUUGAUCAGCUUAGACUCUUGGGUCUGAGUAUGAGUGAACCAUUUAGUGGUAUGCUUGAACUACAAGAUCCUACAGUGUCCUUGAAACCAGGUUAUGUCAGAAAGAGUAACUAUUCAGAUAUUUGUAAAGUCGUCGCUCCAUAAUUGAAUAACUUCAAUCAUAGAUUGAAUCAAAGC